AUGGCGUGGAAUGAGAGUUUCUCAGUUGCGGAUGCCGGUGGUUGGGCUGGUGAUAUGUCCUUCGCCACCGCUCCUCCGAAAGAAGCACAGUCAGUGAAGGUUGCGGAAAGGCUACCUAUCCCAGUGAGCGUUGCAGAUCUGCAUGAGUCGGCUAAUGCAGAAGAGAAGUAUCAGCUUGGAGAUUAUCCAUUCAGCACCGUAAUAACUAUCGGAAUUGUCAAAUCAGUAGCGGAACUGGAAAACACAACAAACCACGUGUUGGGUGAUCCAGAAGACAUGAGCAAGGAUUUCGAAGUGCUAACUUAUAGCGGAGUAUCUGAGACAGAAAUAGGGAGUUCAACAUUUGUCGAAGGCACCAAAGUCAUGGUUGUUGGUAAACUGCGAUCACUUUCUGACAGACACGGAAUUAUGUCGUACAACAUUAGAGAAGUCAUCGAUGAGAAGGAGUACCGCGCAUUCGUGCUGGAAGCGAAAAUUGCGAAAAUUUAUUUCGGGAAGAACGUUCCUUCCAUUCUACGUUCUGGUAUGGGUCAGAGCCUUAGUGGGUGUGCGGCUGGUCCGCCGGCGGACAGAAACCCUACUUCUGGACCGAAAGAGAAUCUAACGGUAUUCGGAAUGCCAACGACUCGACUUUAUAACACACCAGGAGAAACGUCAUCAGUAACUCGAGGACAUAAUUUAGAUGGUCAGCGAGGGAAGAUAAUGGACCUUCUUCAGCGUGAAAAAGACAACUACGAUUCGGUCGGCAUUUCUGAGGAGGACAUUAAAAAGGCCAUUGGUGCUAAUAAUAUGGAUUCACUGCGAAAGGAUCUUCAAUUCCUUGUCAACGAAGGUCACAUAUACAAUACAACAGAUGAUGAACACUAUGCUCUUAUAGAUUAA